AUGGCUCUUUCAGCAUGCAAUGCCGUGGUCAACCCAGGCUUCGAAUCCGGUGUUCUGUUCCCAUGGCGCGCAUCUGCCGUGGACGUUGCUCAAGUCAGCACUGGCACAAAUGCUUACAGCGGUGACCACUACUUGAGCCUGCAAACUGCCAUCGACAACCAGGGCAACACCAUCUCCCAAACCUUGAAAAAUCUCAAGCCAGGAAAGGCGUAUACUUUCAACGCCGUGGCUCAAGUCCCCUAUCCCUCGGGCUCAGAGUACUGCUUCGUGUACGUUUACGCGGGCUUCAACGAGACGGUCGGGGAAAUCACGAGCACUGAUUUAUAUGAGGAAACCUUUGGGACGUGGGUCUCUGUUUCCGGAACCUAUGUGCCGAAGAAGUCGGUCGAGUCAUUGCAUAUCCUUGCUGCUUGUGAUCUCGAGGAUAACUCGGACACUGGGGAGGUUUAUCUAGAUGCGAUUAGCCUUGUGCCUGAAAGUGGUUGUGCUUCUGCUUAG